AUGAUUCGGUGCUGCAGUACAUUCCGACGGGUGGCUUCCAUUCGCCAUCUAACGACGAAGAGCGAGCAACUUCAGCGAGCACUCGCCUCUCGACCGACCAUCUAUGCUCUCGCGACUCCGCCAGGCAAGGCAGGUGUUGCUGUCGUUCGAGUAUCCGGGCCGCACGUAUUCGAUGUAUGGAAGACUAUUGUACGAAGAAAUGGAAAGGGAAAAGGAAAAGAUAUUAUGGAACAUGCCAGGUUGAUACGUUGUGAGUUGUUAGACGCAAACGAUGGAGAAGUUCUAGACGACGGUAUGGCUGUCUUCUUCCAAGCACCGGCCUCCUAUACAACGGAAGAUACAAUUGAGCUCCACGUCCACUCUUCUCUGGCCGUCUUGUCUCGCCUUAUGUCGUCUCUGUCCGCUCUUCCUGGUGUGAGGCAAGCCGAGCGCGGAGAAUUUACGCGUCGCGCAUUCGAAGCUGGAAGGAUCGACCUUACACAGGCAGAGGCAUUGCGUGACCUAAUUGAGAGCGAGACGGAGGUGCAGCGGAAAUGGGCAAGGAAAGGCGUGGAGGGCAGGGCGAAGGUCCGAUACGAAGCAAUGAGGAAUGAUGCUAUUCUCGCGCUUGCCACCGUGGAGGCUCUCAUCGACUUUGGGGAAGGGGAGGAUAUUGAAGAGGGGGCGUGGGACCAAGCACGACGGCGUGUUAGCAAGCUUCGGGCGAACAUUGCACAUCACCUCUCUCCCUCGCAGAGGGGAGAAAUAUACACGAGUGGAUUAUCAUUAGUAAUAUUCGGCCCUCCAAAUGCAGGCAAGAGCAGCCUACUUAAUCACCUCGCCCAACGCGAAGCAGCUAUCGUCACCCCUAUACCAGGCACGACGCGUGACGUGCUCGAGGUUGCGCUGGACAUUGCUGGAUGGCGUGUCAAAGUGCAUGAUACUGCCGGCCUUCGCCCCUCCUCAGACGUUGUCGAGAGCAUCGGUGUGCAGCGCGCCGGCCAAGCUGUGGAGGGAGCCGACCUGGCUGUAUGCGUGCUAUCCCUCCCCGAGCUAGUGAACAACGGUUUCCGCGUACCGGACAUGAUCGGCAAGCACGUUACACAGGAGACGGUGGCUCUACUGAACAAGGUGGACGCGGUCGACCCAGCGCAGCUCGGAGAGUGGCUCGAUUUCGCCAGGAUGGCGCUCCCACCUGGAACGCCAAUAUGGCCAAUCAGCAUACAGCGGGGAGAUGGGAUGUCGGAGCUGUCAGACGGCCUCGCAGAGGUGAUCAAACACCGGUUCCAUUCCGAAGGGGACGAGCCGCUCAUCACACACGCACGACAUCGCGCGCACCUGGAAGCGACACUCAGGUUUCUAGACGCGUUCCUCGCGCUCGGUGUGGAGGAUGUCGUCCUCGCUGCUGAGGAAUUACGCUACGCAGCGAAGGAGUUGAGCAAAGUCACAGGCCUUAUCGAUGUAGAAGAUGUGCUGAACGCGGUAUUCAAAGAGUUCUGCAUCGGGAAAUAA